AUGAUUAAUUAUUCUACACAAAUUCUAUGCAUUAUUGUCGUAUUUUCAUCGUUGGUUGAUGUUGCACAAGCAAAUAGCAAUCAUACGAAAAUAAAUGCUAUCACAAAUUGUGUUGAUGGUUUGAUUAUACCUAUUUGGCGUCCAUUUCAGCAUCUAACCAUUGGAAAUCGUAUAUUUCGUGGUAUAAUAUUCUUUUUCAUCAUUGUCUACGUAUUUCUAGGUGUAUCAAUUGUUGCUGAUCGUUUUAUGUCAUCUAUUGAAGUUAUAACGAGCAAAGAAAGAACGGUACGUAUAAAAAGGUCAGGCCUAGAACCGUUAAAAGUAAAAGUGAGAAUAUGGAAUGAUACAGUUAGCAAUUUAACGCUAAUGGCACUUGGUUCAUCGGCUCCUGAAAUCCUAUUGUCCAUUAUUGAGGUGAUAGGAAAAGGUUUUAAGGCAGGUGAUUUGGGACCAAAUACAAUAGUUGGUUCAGCAGCAUUUAAUUUAUUUAUGAUCAUUGCUAUAUGCAUUAUCGCUAUACCAAAUGGUGAAAUACGACGUCAAAAGCAUUUAGAUGUAUUUUGUGUCACCUCAGCAUGGUCAUUGUUUGCAUAUAUUUGGUUGUAUUUGAUUUUGGCAGUAUUUUCCCCGGGUAUUAUCGAAAUAUGGGAAGGUUUUUUAACAUUUCUCUUCUUUCCGAUUACAGUAAUAACUGCAUAUAUAGCUGAUAUUAAAAUUAUUCAGAGGCGUUUGUUACCACAUCGUUAUCGAAAGGCAUCACAUGGAAUUAUUGCAACAACAGGAGAAGAAAUGGGAUUUCUGGCUGAAAAUGGUCAUCUUAAAGAUAGUAUAACUGAUCCGGCUAUAAAAGCAUUCGAAGAUAACAGAAAAGCAUUUAUCGAAAUAAUGCGUGAAAUUAGGAAGAAAAAUCCACAAAUUGAUCCAAUUGAAUUACAAAAGCAAGCAGAAUAUGAAAUGAUCAAUCGUGGUCCAAAAUCAAGAGCUUUCUAUAGAGUGCAAGCAACAAGGCGAUUAAUUGGUGGUGGACAAGUGAUAAAAAAACAACUUGACAAAGAAUAUCGUAAAUAUGCCAUUGCUGAUGAGAAAAGGAAGCAAUCACGAGAAAAUACCUGCAAAAUAUUUUUUGAUCCAGCUCAUUAUACGGUACUUGAAAAUGUUGGAACAUUCGAUGUUGUGAUAGGUCGAGAUGGUGGUCAAGAAGGACUUACAAUAAUGGUUGAUUAUUAUACAGAGGAUGGUACUGCUAAUGCUGGAAAUGAUUAUAUUUCACUCAAAGGAACAUUAAUUUUUCAACCAGAGGAUAAAACAAAAAAAGUAACGAUAGAAAUUGUGGAUGAUGAUGUUUUUGAAGAGGAUGAAUACUUUUAUUUGCACUUGAAUAAUUUAAGAGUAUGUACUAAAAAUGGCAUGAUAUUGGAUCCAUCAAAACUCGAUGGUGCACCACUUGCUGUCCUUGAACUUCCUUCCACUGCUACAGUUAUGAUUCUUGAUGACGAUCAUGCUGGUGUAUUUUCAUUUGAAUGUGAUCGUAUUCAAAUUUUUGAAAAUUGCGGUUGCUUAUCACUCAAAAUAAAUCGAAGCUCUGGAUGCCGUGGCAAAGUUAUUUUACCAUAUAGAGCAAUUGAUGGUACAGCAUUACGUGGAAAGCAUUAUGAGUUUGAAGAAGGUAAAGUUAUCUUUGAAGACAAUCAAACUGAAGCAUUCAUUGAGAUUCGUAUAACGGAUACCGAGCAGUAUGAGCGUAUGGAUUAUUUUUCUAUUGUACUUGAUCAGCCUAUUUGGGCUAGAAAGAUAUCAGAUUAUCAAAAAGCUCAAGAACGUUCGUUGAAGCGAAUGGGAAGAAGGAAAGAAGAAUCGUUGAAAAGUUUGAACAAAAGUAGCGAAUCAUUUAAAAGUGAAGAUAAAAAUUUGAUAAUCACAUCAGCAGAAAUACCAUUACCAUCUUCUACGCAUUCCACUCGUACUUCCUCUUCACCAAAUCUUCAUCCUCUUUCCCAUAUUUUCAAACGACGAAUGAGUUCCUGGAUAGCUAGCAAUCGAGAUGAAGAUAUCGAUGGAAUAGAACAGAUAAGAAAAAAGGAACUUGAAAUUGAAGAAUUAGGAAAACCGCAUUUGGGAAAAUUCAAACAAUGUCAAAUUACAAUCAAAGAAAGCAAAGAAUUUCGGAGUGUAAUCGAUCGUUUGUUACGAAACGCCAAUACAUCACUUAUGCUCGGUACAACAAGUUGGCGUGAACAAUUUACUGAUGCCCUAACUGUUCAUGCUCGUUUUAAAGAGGGUGCCGAUCAAGAAGAGGAGGAUAAAACGGAGGAAAAGUUACCAACAUUAUUCUUUGAUUAUUUUAUGCAUUUUUUAUCUUUACCUUGGAAAGUAUUAUUUGCAACUAUACCACCAACAGAUUAUUGGGAUGGUUGGGCAUGUUUCAUUGUAUCAAUCCUUUUGAUCGGUGCGCUAACAGCCAUUCUUGGUGAUUUAGCAUCACAAUUUGGAUGUUGGUUAGGUCUGAAUGACGCUGUUACGGCUAUUACGUUUGUUGCGCUUGGUACCUCUGUUCCAGAUACAUUUGCAUCUAAAGUAGCAGCAACACAAGAUAAAUAUGCUGACUCAUCGAUUGGUAACGUUACCGGAUCAAAUAGCGUUAAUGUAUUUCUCGGAAUAGGGAUAGCAUGGACGAUCGCAGCAAUUUAUCAUCGAUGGCAUGGUGAUUAUUUCUAUGUUGAUCCAGGAACGCUUGCAUUUUCUGUGACAAUAUUUUGCAUUGAAGCAUUGAUUUGUAUUGCAGUGAUUAUAUUAAGGCGACGUCCUCCUAUUGGUGGUGAAUUAGGUGGACCCAUGAAAUAUAAGGUGCUAACAGCCGGUUUGUUCGUUGCACUUUGGUUUAUUUACCUCGGCCUUUCUACUCUUGAAUCGUAUCACGUCAUUUCUGGUUUCUAA